UUGCAGCUCCCCCCUAGCAGUAUAUGUAGUUGUAAGCUUAAAGUUAUAAACGGAAAUUGUAGAUACAGGCGAUUAUAAACAAUAACGAAAUAAUUCAAAUAACAUGGAAUACGAGAGUGUGCUGAUUGUCAAGCCUGAGGUAUUCAUUUACAAAAUACCGCCGCGCGCUAGCAACCGAGGAUAUAGAGCAGCGGACUGGAACCUCAAAGAGCCCACAUGGACCGGACGAAUGCGUCUGGUUGCCAAGGGCACCGCAUGCAUACUCAAAUUGGAGGAUAAGACGAGCGGCGCCCUAUUUGCCAAUUGCCCCAUCGAUACAUAUCCCGGCGUGGCCAUCGAAGCAGUCUCGGACAGUUCACGCUAUUUCGUUAUACGCGUUCAGGACGAUAAUGGACGAUCGGCGUUUUUGGGACUGGGAUUUGGUGAUCGUUCCGAUUCUUUUGAUUUGAAUGUGGCGUUACAGGAUCACUUCAAGUGGGUGAAAAAUCAGGAGCAAAUCGAAAAGGAGAAAACCGAACCCAAACAAGAGCUUGAUCUCGGUUUCAAGGAGGGUGAAACCAUCAAAAUUAACAUGCGCAUUACGAAAAAGGAUGGCUCGGAGGGCACCUCGCGCACCGGGAAGGGCAAGGGAACUGGUGGUGUGUUGCCACCGCCGCCAGGUGGCCUCGGCAAAAUAGCGCCACCGCCGGCAGCGGCGCCUGCAGCGACGUUGCGACAAAGUCCAGGCGCAUCGCCAGCUCAUAGGACCAGCGGUGGUGGUGGCGGUGAAUGGACCGACUACGCAUCCGCGGGCGGCAAUCAAGGACAACAGAAUUCGGCAAAUGCUAAUUGGGUGCAGUUUUAAAGCUGACACCUUGCGCAACGUCACGCACUUUAUUGUGUUAAGGCUCUUAAUGUGUUUUUUUUUCUCUUUUUCAACACUAAACACACACAAUACACAAACAACUUUCACUCGCUAUCCAAGAACUCCGAGAAUGACCAACACACAUACAUGCUCACACUAAUACAUAGAAAUGAAAAAAAAACCAAGUCCGUUAACGUUAAAGUUGAUAAAUUGAAAUUACAUUUUUUUCUUUAGCAUAUUUAUAUGGUAUGCACUUAUUAUAUUAUACAUAUAUAGUAUGUACUACUGUGGGCAAAAAGUAUCAGGACUGUGACUAACUUUCUAUUUUUUCUUAUCCAUUAAAUAGUCCUUUCCACAUGCACUAUGCUUGUGAUGAAAACUUUUCCGGUAGCCUUCAAUUCAUUUCUCGUUUAAAUUUUUAUUUUUUCUAUAUUUUCACUGAUCAUUUCAAUAUAUCGCAUUCUUUGGAUAACUGUGUUGUCCAGUUAAAAAAUUAAAACUCAGUCACAAUACGUUUUGCCCACAGUAGUAUGAAAAACUGUUUCGAAUUACGGUAUUCUUCGUAUUGCUGAAACCCAAUUGAAAAGUAUUUAAAUAUAUACAAACAUAAAGAAACAAAGCAAUAAUUCGAAACAGUUCUGAAUCGAGUUGGAAAUGUAGCAGAAACAUUCCGUUUUAGGGCAAAGGCAUUGUAAUUAGUUCAAAAAGUAUCGUUAUCGUUAUCGUUAAACUAGACGGCAUGCAUACCGAUUAUACACUUAUUAUCAAUUUCGUUUUGCUCUUGACAUUGUUUAAACACACAUACACAAGCAUAUGCAUAUACAUACACACACACACACACACACACAUAAGCAAACACUAACACACGCAUAGUAUUUAAGUAAAUCAAAUGAAUUAUAUAUACAUACAUAUAUAAAUAUAUAUAUAUAAAGAAAAACAAAACAAAAACAUAUAUAAUACACAUAAAAUUAAAUGAAAACAAAAGAAUAGAGAGAAUCGGAAAGAAGUUAUUGCAACAAGUAAAAAAGUAUUUGAUCAGAACAUUUUUUUUUUUUAGAAAACAUUCUCUUCUCUGUUGCAAUUCUCUGGUACAAAAGAAAAACAAAACAAAACAAAUGAAUAAAAAGCUCUUAAACUGUGUUUUGCUGCGCAGCAUUCCAAACUGUUGCUGUGCUCAUUUUGUUGCUGUUGAUGACGAAACAAAAAAAGAUUUAAGAAAAAAAUAGUUGCGAUUUAACUAAUUUUGUUCACUAAUGUUUAUAGCUGCAACUGGCACACUUAAUUACAUAUUAUGAAUAUUAUUUUUGUUCUAUAAUCCCAUUAACAACAACAAGAACAUGCGAAGCUUGCAUUAUUAAACACACUCAUGUUAUUGAUUAUCAAUGAGAAGUAUUCAACAGUUGCGCUACAGUUUUAUGGCCACUGUCGUGCGAGUCGUGUGCAUACAGUUUGACAGUCUUGCGUCUGUAUGCAUCGCGUUUUUUUUUUGUUUGUUCGUUGGAAUUAGUUAAUUGAUUUCCUAUCCAUCAAAUAUACAUAAAUUAAUUGCCAGCUGUGCAGUUAUACAAAUUAAAAAUUAAAUAUAUGUAUACAUAUAUCUAAAUAUACAACAAAAC